GGCAUGAUGGGAUAGAAACAAAAUGGUUUGUCAUGCUAGUUCGUGUUGUUGUUACCAUAACAAAUAAAAAUUCCUGUGAAAAUAUUCCGCGCUCGAUUUCUUAUAGCCACGCAGUAAUUUCAACUGUGUCGCAAUGGAUGAAGAUGUGAUUAAACGAACUCAAGACACGUUGGGAAAAAUUGUCAAGAAACCUCCAAUGACGGACAAAUUGCUGAGCAAACCUCCGUUUCGCUUCUUGCACGAUAUAUUAACUGCGGUGAUAAAGACAACUGGGUUCAUGAAGGGUGUGUAUGCUGAGGAUGAAAUGAAUUCAGAAAAUGUCAAGGAUAAGGAAGCAAAGAUGUCAUUCCUACAGAAAGCCAUCGAUGUUGUUGCAUUUACAACUGGAAAAUCUCUGAGUGUAAAAACAUCAAAGAUUGUUGCUGGCCAUGAACCGGAGAAGACAAAUGAAUUUCUACAGGCACUAGCAGAGGCUAUUAAUAGUGGGGUUGAUAGCACCAAUGCAGUAGAGAAGGUUAUUAAUGGAGAAAAGCCAUCUGGCACCACGAAGAAUGAAGAGAAGAAGAAGAAAAAGGAGAAAGACAAGUUAAAAGAUCCGAAAGAUGAUGAAAAGCCCAGAGAGAAAAGCAGAGACAAAUUGAAAACUAAAGAGAGACAUGGCAGCAAAGAGAGAGUAGAUGAAAAAGAAAGAUCUAAAGACCGACAUAAAGACAAGGAACGAUCAAAACACAAAGACAAAGAGAAGGACAGAGAGAAAAAGAAGCAUAGGGAAGCAGGAAGCAAAGAACAUGUGAAAGAAUCUAACAGUGAGGUGAAGGUCAAUGGAACCAAAGAGAAAGUCAAGAAGGAAGUAAAGGCUGAUGGCAGCGAAGAAAAAAUCAAAGAGAAGAAACGUAGGCCCAGAGAGAAGGAUCGUGACCGGGACAAAGAGAAAAAAACGCAUAAAAGGGAGAAGGAAGAGAAGACAAGAGUCGGUGAAAAUGUGCCUCAGACACCUGCUUUGCCUGUCGAGGAAAGACCGCCUGUAAAUGGAGAAGUUGGUUUUGAAAAUGAGGCUCCAAGACCUGGAACAGCUAAAGGUGGGCGAAAGAAAAGAACCACUGAAGGAGGGCACUCAGAUGUGGAUGUGGAUGUGGAUGUGGAGGUAGAUGUGGAGGAUAAUGUUGAAAGUGGGUUAGAACAUGUGGAAGCUAUAGUAGAAGAGCAGCCGGUAGGGCCUUCUAGGCAACGGUCUGCAAUGAAGGCCACCAGAGAGUCCAGUGCCGUCCCUCAAAAUGACGAAGAAGAUAUUGUCCCUCAACAAGUUCUCUCUAGGAGGCCAGCGCGGCCCAGCAGUGCGAGACCGCCACCUCCUCGCAUCGCGAGAGCAGAUGAACCCGAGGAGGUCACCGCAGCAGUGGGUGUUGGUAGGGUAGAGAAUCUCAUCGUUGAUGACGGCAAGGCAGGGGAGGAAGAGGAUGAUGACAAUUUCAUGGUGGAGGAAACUGCAGAAGCACCGGAACCAGACGUGGCACCUGUUGUUGCUGCAGCAGAUGAAGAAGAUGAUGGGCAGCAUGGGCAGCUGAUGCAAAAGAUUCUUGACGUAAAGAAGCAGGAAGAAGAAAAAGCUUCCUCGCUUCCUACUCGCAUAGAAAGGGAGAAGCCAGGCUUGAGUGAGGCAGCACGCCGCAAAGAACGUGAGCUCGUUGCCAAGGAGAUUGAGCGAUUCCGAAGUAGCAUACAGGCGCUGACCCGCUCGGCUAACCCACUAGGCAAGGUCAUGGACUACAUACAGGAGGAUAUGGACUCGAUGCAAAAGGAACUAGAUAUGUGGGCAGAAGAGAACAAAGCUCAUAGGCUUGCACUGAAACAGGAGCAAAGCAUCACUGAGACACAGGUGGAGCCACUGAAGAUGCAGCUAGUGGAUCUGGAUGGGCAGAUCAAUGAUAUACUCGAUCGCAUCAGUGGCGUGAAAGCGAACAUUAUGAGGAGCGACGAGAAAAUACAGAAGAUGGUCGGCACUCGGUAGUUCAUUCAUCGUCGCCGCAUCGCACACUAGGUGUGAGCCCCCCCCCUCUCUCUCUCUCUCUCUCUACCGUUCACAGCUACGGGUGAAAAGCGGGAACGUGUGACGGUGUCAUAUGACGUCCACUAGUAGAUGUAGGCGUGUGUUUGCAGCGUAAUAAAUUACAUGCGAGCGAGCUCCCUCCCACGUUUUACGUAUAUCGAAUAUAGGUGAUUGCUUGGCAUAUGAAACAUGAUAUCAGAAGUAGAUAAUAAGGAAGGAGUGUGACUUCAAUAAACAAGGGAAAUUCGUCAUUUACUAG